AUGGACGACUGGCGCAAGCACCAGGCCUACUUGAUCGAUUUCAGGAGUCAGCAACAGGCGCCGAGCAAGGGCUCAUCGGCUACGCGUCCAAGUCAGAGUCGAACCACGACAUCGUCUUCGUAUACACUCAACCGGGAGUUUUCGAGGGACAGUCCAUCGGCCUCUUCAGAAAGUCCGACAUCACUAAUUUCUUCUGUAACGUCCUUCGGAGAAGAGGCCGAAGUUUGUCACAAUGCCCUUACCCUAGCAUUUAGUGAGCUUGUGUCUCUCAGGGGCGAGAUCCUGGGUCAAAGUGUGCGGCCGUACGACGCGCAAAAUCUGCCACCUGAACAGCUCGUCAGAAAGGCCAUGUAUGCUUUUGUACAGGGCACAGGAUCGCUUCUUUACAUGUGGACAUACGCGCAAGUAGACGAGAUUCUAGACCGCAUCUACAGACCGCAAAAGCCGGUCGAUGCUAUGACCCUCGCGGAGUGUUUCACUGUCGCAGCAAUGGGCGCCCAUUACGAUAUGGACUGCUUUCCUGAUCGGAUUCGACGCGUGCUGUACGCUUCUGGGACAUUAUGCUUCAAUGAGAAGACCGCGCGAACGGACUACUUGCGUACCAUGCGUCUUUUGUUAGCUACGGCGUUCUACGCCCUCUUAGAGAAGCACAUGAGCGCGCGAUAUGUGCUUGGUAAGUAG